GUCUCUCGCCAAUAACAAGGAAAGCGACGCCCUGAAAAAUAGGUUGCCAGCUUCUUGCCAACGUAAGAGAUGUUCAGGACUGGUAUAUUCCCCGCUGAAGCCACAGUUAUGCCUUUUCAAGGAAAGACGGCGUCGCUGAAACCCGAACGUGAAUGGAACGACAAGGCUGAAAAGAAGUCAGGUCCGUCCCCGUGGAUCAUCGUGAAGCUUACGCUGAUGUACAUCUACAGCGUCCACAUCGUGUCUAACGCCAUAGCCGGCAGCAUACGCACCAGCUCCCUGUCGUACAUCAUCGAAACCCUGACCUACACGGUCCGCUCUCUCGUCUCCACAAUCACCACAACCUACUUCGUCGUCAAAGCGAGCGAGUUAGGCGGUAUCGCCGACGAGCUGGCGCAGUUCGAAGGGGCCCGGCCGACCAAAUUUCUCGAGAAAGCCGCCUCCAAGCGCCGGUACCUCCGCUUCUCCAUAGCCUGCUACAGUUGCCUCUUGAUCGCCAUGACAGUUCUCUUCUUCGUACUGGUGCCCGCGCAGAAGUACUUCGACAAGUGCUUCUACGGAAUAAACCUUGCCAGCGCCGGCAUACCCAACGGCCCCGCCAUCCUUAUCGGAUUGAUCGAGUGGAACUCUUACAACCUACUUGUCACUGGCUCUCCGCUGCUGAUGACUAACUACAUCUAUCUAUGCGAUUACCUUCGCGCCCAGAUGCUCAGCUUCAGGGCUGCCGAGAGGGCAGUCCUGGAAAGCGGGCCCCUGGACGUCACCAAGUUCGAAAAGGUGCGCACGACGUGUACCAGGCUAAUAGAUGUGGAGCGACGGCUUGACUCACUCUUCGCUCCAGCGGUCCUUCUUUGGUUCGUAGACCUGCUGGUCAACAUAGUGCUACCCAUCCGCACUAUCAUCAACGGCAUCGCUUCGUUCACCCUGGCAAAUGUCAUGUCAUUCUUCAUAGAGGUUAUCUACUCGAUGUCCUUCUUCAUGAUUCUCUCUUUCUCGCUGGCUCAAGUGGACAAGGAAUACAAGGAGAUCGAGGAAGAGACGUUUCGGCUGCGUAACUCCGUUCCCACCGAAGACUGGCAGCUGUGCCAGCAGGUCACCCUGCUCGAAUCCGGCAUCAACUCGUCCAAGUUUACGCUGACCGGCUGGGGCCUUUUCGAAGUGGAUCGCUCCUUUAUACUGACCAUCAUCGGGGCCGUGGCCACGUACACCGUGGUGUUGAUUCAGUUGACACCUGGACAAGACACGUACUGAAAGAACGUUUCGCUUGAAGAAGUGCAGGUCCAA